AUGGCCACGAACCCCAAGCGCCGCCGCGUGGGCAGCCCCACGAACGAAACCACACCAACAGCGCUCCCGGCGGCGGCCGCCGCCGCGUUAAAGAGGAGGCGCCAGCAGCGGCCCCCGAGCCCGCCCGCGGCCGACCGGGCGCGCCGCGCGCCGACGCGGCGGUCGGCCAAGAAGCCGCGCGCAGCGCCCUUCCCGGCCAAGCUCUUCGACAUGGUCUCGAAUCACCCCGACAUCCUUCGCUGGAACGACGCGAGCCGCGAAUUGGUCAUUGCCGACCCGCACCGGCUCACCACGGAGCUCAUGCCGCGCUUUUUUACGGUCACGACGGGCACGGGCCUCGUCAAGUCCUUCGCGAGACAAUUGAACUACUACGGCUUCCACCGCGUCGGUUCCCCCAGAGGACCAGGCGGCCGCGCGCGCCAGUCGCUGGACGGCGGCGCCCUGGUCUUCGCGAACCGCAACCCGCGCGUCGCGACGGUCAAUGAUCUGGCUUCUCUAGUGAGGCACGAGAAGCCGCCCGCGCGCGCGGCGCCCAUCUCCACGCCGCGCGUCUCCGAGGCCUCUUCUAAUGAAGAAUCGGCGCGCGUCGUCACGCCGCCGGCCUGCCCCGGCGGGCCCGCGCCGACGCCGUCGGACCGGCCCUGGACGCUCGACGUCGGGUCGUUGCUCCGCGAGGCGGCGCAGGCGGCGGCGUCCGGGGCGUCCUGA